AUGCUUAAAGUAACCGUCCAACGAGCCACUGACCUUCCAGACGUCGAUAAAUUUGGAAAGAGUGAUCCAUACGCCAAAGUUAUCUUCCAUGGUAAGUUUCAGUGCUUGAUCAAAUCGUUUGCAUUCGUACAUGUACAAGCCGAUAUUUGUACAAUUAUGGCAUGUCUAUAAACUUCCACUCAUUUUCACGUAGUUUAGACUCUUAUUUCGCGGGCUGCGACGAUUAUUACUUAGAAAAGUUCAAAAAGUAUGACUUGCAUUAAAGUACACUAAACUCCAUUUUACUUGCCCUGCAUAAUUAGUGCUCAUUAUUAUGCAGAAUGUUCAUGUAGAAAUUUGCGUUCCAAUAUUCCAAGUUUCUGAGCGUUUAAAUUUUGAUCUUAGGUCAUUUAUUCCUUUUAAUUACUACCAAGAUGAAGCAAUCUAGUUUUAGAUGAGCGAUUUUGAGCAUCUAACGAAAUUUUUUGAUUUGCUGUUUACAGUUUACAGGCUGUUUUUGAAAAAUCAGUGAAGCAUUUCAAACCGAAAUUUAAAUGUCGGCACUGCGCGCAUGGACCUUUAUCCCAGUGCUAUUUAAUAAACAAUCUUGUAUGCAUAGUAACUCGCGUAAGCUGCAAAUUUCACCACGACAUCUUAAAAUAGGACAAAUUUUCAAUUUCCUUUUAUCUAUUGCACAUUUAAAGUCAAGUAAAAAUUGUGUUUGUAGCUUAAGGCAAUCAGGUGGUUAAAGUGGAUUUAGGAAUUUUUUUAGAAAGGACAAUACACAAUGUCAAGUUAAUUUUAAGCAUUGUUUAUUUUGCAAUACUAUAUUUUGAAAACUUAUUUUCACUCUAAGAUUUUCUGUUUCUUGUCAAGGCUUUCACUGUCCUAAGAUGGUCUUUAGCAUCGGGCCACAAAGUGCAAGGGUUUUUUUUAUCUCCAUUAAAGGCUCAGGAGUGUUUUCGUCUCGCUUCAUUUCUCAAAGAAAAAAAACCUUCGCCUUAGAUAAAGACGGCUUUAUCAUUCAAUAUGAGCUUUCAUUUUCUGAAUGUCUGCUUUGAGUUUUUAUGAAAAUUAUUGAAGAGAGGAAGCCAUUGCAUGGAAUUUGGACAAGAGUUGAAUUUACGCCCCCGAAUAUAUCAUGGAAAUUAAGUUCUAGAUUUGUUUUCUUGUAGAAUUUUUUCGGAAUGAUUAACAUUACAGGGCGUUUCUGAAAAAAUAAUCAAAAUAUUGGAAUAUCACGGAAAGUGCGACAUAAUUAGCAAAGUAAAAAAAACUGAAAGCAUGAGGCUGCCAACAUAUUAAAUAACAUACCCUAAUAAUUCAUUGUUCAUUUUGAGCAAAAUGAUUUGAACAUGAAUAUUUUUAACUAUCCGAAGGACAUAAAUACUUCUAGAAUUUCCACUAAAUCGAAUGAAGUGGAUAGAGAACAAUUCGCUUACUUGUUUUCGGGUUUGAGUUAAGCGCAUUAAAAAUGCUUUAACUUUAUCUAUGCAACGCUUCUCAAAAGUGAAGUCGGUGGCUGUCAAGUUGGCAAUUUAUUUUCCUAUUUUUGAACUCAAGUUGAUUAUAUUACAGCUGACUAAAUACCGCCUCGAAAUUUCGCCGAAACUACAGGGCGUUGUUGCGGCAGUUAAAUUCUAUAUGGCUCGCCAAACAUGGCAUUCUUGCAUCAUUUAAUUCAGUGAUAGCCAUUCGACUGAAUAGUAUUCAUAGAUGUGGAAAAAACUAUUCAUAGCAAAUUAAUUUUGAAAAUCUUUCAUGUGGAAAAUUUGUUAACGUCUUGAAUGUUAAAUAGCAUGCAAUAUCGUGGACGCGAGUGGGUGACGACCUGGAAACUAACAUUCAUAUAUAUGUACAAGACAAACCGAUCAAAUAGUCAUUGGCUACCUUUGACUAUUUUGUCAACGUGACAGUCUUUUUUUGUUUUGUUUUGCUUUGUUUGGAUUUCUCUCUGUUUUAUUGUUUCGUUCUGUUUGGGUUAUUUUCGUUUUGUUUUGUUUUGUUUUGUUUCUUUUUGUUUUGUUUUUCUUCUGAGUGUUCAUAUUUAUAUAAUAAUAAGGCAGACUGAGUUACGUUCCGAUAUUAACACACGAUAUGAUGUAACUAGAGGAUUUUAAGUUAUUAAGUUUUCUGAGCUUAGUAAAAGUUCCGCACUUUCUAUGCUGAAUUUAAAGACAAGCAAGAGUUUAUACAGGCGACGAAUCGCGUGCGAUUUUUUGAUUCAGUUGAUUACAAUUUUUUUUUAAGUAUUUCAUGAUUUUUUUUUUACCUGCAGGAGAUGAAAAGAAAACUGAGGUUCAAAAGGAUUGUUUAGAUCCAGUCUGGAAUCAGGUAAACAUAUAACUGUAAAAGCAUAUUUUAAAAAAAGACUUGCAUGUAACACUCUUUUUACUUUUCACGAGUUGUCCAUUAGUGUCAGUGUUUUGUCGAAUAUGGCAUCAACAAACGCCAGUCAUGAACGUAAAUAGCCCCUAUUUCGCAUGGUAUCCUCAGGCAAAGUUAAGAGAACAUAACCAACAGUGAUUAGUGGUACACAGUUGAUAAUAUGCUUUAAACACAUCCAAACCCUUUAUGUGUUUUGAAAUGACUGCGUGUUUCCUUGAUUGCAGGAUUUCCAGUGGGAUCUUUCCGGCCAACCAUUGUCCCCGGAUGACAAGCUUUCUAUCGAGGUCAAGGACUAUGAGAAGCUAUUGGCGAGAAAGUAAGACGGUUGUGCGUUUCAUGAAGUACUUCAGUUUGGCAAGGGUUUAACCCAUAAAGGUCCUACGUUGCAUGUACUUCCUCUCCUUUUGAUAUGAAAGAAGUAUAUUCCACAUUUAACUCAGCUUCCCAUUAUUAUCUGAAUGGCAGAAAAAACACCUAAAGUUAAAGACUGCCUGUUUGACAGAUUUUGCUUUCAGUUAUCGGUACGAAGAUUAAGGUACUAGCUAUUAAGUACAUUUAUAAAAAUAAAGUUAUAAAACAGCAUGUAUACCUCUGUCCUAGUAUUUGCCAGAGAAUAAAUCAUCUAUUCUUUGGCCAAACUUUUAGUUUUAUUAAUUUAAUUUAUUACAUCAAGGAGAGACUAGAGUAUCUGAAAUUAUUUUGCUCCUUUCUUUUUUUUCCAAUCUCUUUAGGCUCCUUGGUAAAGUCGAGGUUCCUUUGGGAGAGCUGCUGGGAAACAAUCAGAUUGAAAGAACAUAUGAUCUGGUUGAUGGCAAGAACAAUCCCACUUUGGUGAGCGAAAAAAAAAACCAACCUACGGUAACCACAUUGUAGGCGCCGUUAAAAAAGUCACAGGCAACGGGAAUUUGGAGGAUAUUUCUUGUCAUGCAACUGUGCUGUCGACUUUCAUGUCGAGCGCCUAUAAAACCAUCUGCAAUGCAAAUUACAAGACAGGAUAUUUUUGGCUAAAAAUACUAAUUAUUGUGUGCACAGUAAUUAACACGUUUAACAUUUCACCAAAUUUAAGUAAAAAAUUCCUUUCUCGAAUGUGGUAAUAUUCUAUUUGUGAUUGGUCUAAAAAUCAAUUUCUAAUUCAACUACUGAUUAUCAAUAACUAGCUUUCCUUUUCUCUUACUUACAUUUUAACUUAAGGCUUGAAGGAAACAUGUGAAUAUGAAAAAAAAACUCAUGGAAAAUGCUAACACGGCUUUCUUUCGCGCGUUCUCCUCUUUUAGGGCAAAAUUAUGCUGAAGAUUGAGUAUUCUGCUCCUCCUGGGAGUGGUGGCGGUGACGCAGGAGGCGGGGAGGAAGAGGCUGGUGAAGAGGAUGAUGAAGGUGAUGAAGAGGACGAAGAUGAAGAAGCAGGAGGCGACCCAGCACUUCCAGGACAGCCGAGAAAGAAGCGAAGGAGGUAGGGCGAUGUUUCUAUUGUUUGUAAUUGAGCUUGAACGUUGUCGGUCUGAAUUGGGAAGCUUACUAUUCAUCUUACUGUUUUCAUACUUUUAUUCAUCCAAGGAAACGAACUAGCAGGGGAGGCAGAAGAGCUUGGUCAACAAAAGUGCAAGACUUCCAGGUAUCCUCGUAUGAUUUGAUUUAAAUCUACAAACACAAUUUUCUUCAUUGUCCACGUAAGACACCUGUCUAUUAGUGGCUCGCUACCUUUUACUUACGCUUUGUACCUUCAUAAGGAAACAGCUUUCUUAGUCCGUUCGGGGAAUCCCGAAUUAGCGCUCACCCCCUGUCGACCAAAAUUAUAAAUUAGUGCCCCCAUCUGCUUUGAAAAGGCACUUUCUCUCCUUCCCCCCGAGAACUGAGACAACUGAUUGUGAAUCUUCAUCCAGCCUUGCACGUUUACAUCAUACUUGUUUCAGUUUGAGAACAAGUAAACGUUGGAUAAAUUAUUUCGAGCACCACCUGUGCUGCAAAACUAUAGGAUCAGCUCUUUUUAAAUCGAUACAUAACUUAUUUUGUUGUUCACACACAAAUACUGUAUCACAAAGUACGAAGAUUUCCGGCGACGAUUCGGAAACAAAAUGGAUGAGCACCCCUCCCCCUUCCUUGAUCAUAAGGCUUCUCCUUAGAAUAGGCACCCUUGUCUACUCCUAAAUUUGAAAUAAAAACCUCGGAGCUGAUUAGAAGGUUUGCGAUGUACCGUCUCUCGUUCUUUCCCUUGGAGGGUUAAAAGUUUUGUUAAUUUUUUUUAUAUUGUUACGUAGAUCCGGAUACGGAUUCUUGAAGGCCGCCAGUUGCCAGGCAGCAAUAUUCAUCCAGUUGUUCGUGUGACUGUGAAUGGUCAGCGGAGAGAAACAGCUGUGAAAAAAUCCACAAACAAGCCCGUUUACAAUCAGGUUUGGGGCAGUCAAUUUGUUUGUUUAUUGUUUAUCUUUUUCUAAGACUGCGUAUGUUCACAUUUUCAAAACUAUUUCUGGGCCUAUUGACUCAAAUACAAGCUUCAUCUAAAACGUUGUCCGCUUUUUGAAGAGAUUCAUCAAUUGUUACGAACUUGAAGGUCAUGGUAUCGGUUCCUGUAUAAUUGUGUACAUCUUUUGUGAUUCUUACCGUACUUUAAUUAAUUCCACUCCUAAAGGACGCAGUUUCGUCUCAAUGUUUUAACAAUGAAUUGCUCGUCCAUUUUAGACAUUCUUCUUCAAUUUCCAUUUGUCGGAAGCGGAGCUGUUUGAUGAACUGGUCACACUUGAGGUGGGUUUUGUUGUAAUUUCUUAGGGUAUACAGCCAGUCAGUUAAGAUUUGCAAACAAUAUUCUCUCACUCUGGAAGAGAUGUCUGUAUAACUGUUGUUCCAUGUCGAGACUGAGAUACCGUCGGACGAUGCCACUAAUCGAGAUUUAACUAUGAAAGCUACUUGAAGUUUUUAAGGUAGCUAGCCUCGGCUUGGUGAAGUAUCAGAGAAAACCCGAUCAACAUAUUUCGAGAGAUUACGUUUCAUUUCGACUGCCAAGGUACAUCCAUUGUAAAAAAAGGGCUUAAGUAUCAUACAGAACCCGCGUUAAGUUAUUAUAGCAAAUUACCUUCGACCAAUCAGAGCGCCUGAAUCUCUGUACCGCCUAUGCUCUGAUACUUAUUGAAGACGCCCUUCUUACUUCUGCAUGCAUCAGUUUGGAGCAUGGUUCCGUUGUCAUAGAUAUGAUUCUAAUGACAGAUGUACUUUACAGGUCUUCAAUUCACGAAAACUGCGCUCUGAUUCACUGCUCGGUUAUUUUGAGGUGCGUAGAACCUAUUAGUCGAUUGAAUUGGUAGAGUUGAACAACUAAUGAUAUUAGUACAACUCGUUAACAUGGACAUACACUUUUUAUUCGCAGUGCGAUAUUGGUGGAAUAUACGAAAUGAAAGGUAAGGUUUUGUAUGCUUCUCGUGAAAAUUAUCGAGGUGUAAUUUUUGAAAUUGCUAUCCAUGUAACUCAAAAUUUUUUCCACGUCACUCGUUUUAUGCAGCAAUUGCGAAUAAUAUUUCUUUUCUUUUUUGGCAACAAAAGCCGCUCAUGUGCAUCAGGGCCGGACGGCUUUUCCAGACCGGCUCACGUGGACUCUCAUCUGUUCAUAUGCCUUGUAUUUUUAAGACUCAUUCGUCAGUCUACUGAAAUAUUCGUUUUGUUACAAAAUCGAAAAACAUGCACGUUUCUCAGUGAGAAAUUCUAUAUCUCGAAGCUUAGAGUAUUAAAAAGUAGACUUCAAAAAUUUCAAGCCUUUUCUUACUAAUGAUGAUUUUACAACUCAGGUCAUUCUUUCAUUCGCAAAUGGGUCUUGUUGUCAGCACCAGCGGAUAGAGAUGAAGAUGAGGUUUGAUAUUUCUAUUAAAAUGUAUUUGCAAUUAAAUACGUGUCUCCUUUUAUUCUGAGAUUGAAUGGAAUCUAGUUAUCGUGUGCUGAAGGUUAUUGUCGAUAGGAGUGGAGCGUAGUGUAAGCUGCAGUUGACUGUUUGUAACCGACAAACAUUCUUUCUUAUUUGUUAUUUUUAAUGAAAUAGGAGGAAGGAAAAUCAAAGAAAACUCGAGGAGGAGAUACACCGGCAGUAAGUACAAUAACCGUUGAACUUGAGACCGAUGCUAUUGCUCCAUGAUCUUUGCCUGACAACAAAUGAUUUAUGAAAAUGUGGUCACUGUCUAAAAUCUUCAUAUCGACGAUUAUUCGGCGUUCAAUUUUUACAGAUUUGAUAGCCAUCUUGAGUGUAUGUAUGUAUGUACUUGUGAUAUUUAGACAGGGUGGCCCAGUUCAGCUUAAAAUCGGUUUGAAUGGGGUCUGUGUAAACAAUGACAAGGUCAGACCUUAACACCGGGAGAUACGUUCCCUACUCUUUGCGAGAAGUGUGCGGUCUCAAAAAGAGUCUUGAUCGAUUUCUUGUGUUUUUAUUAACUUCCCUCUACCAUAACUUCAUUUUCAGGGGUACUUGAAAGUCACUUCCAUGGUCCUCGGACCCGGGGAUGAAGCACCGGUGAGUAUAUUGAGUUGUGUCAACAAUAUUAAUGUUUAGGGGGCGACAAAACGGGAUCAAAGAGGGGUAGCAGUGGUGCCUAGAAGAAGGAAUGAUUUAAAAAAACAAGAACCUUGCAAGCCCUCAAAAGCCAGGAUAAGGCUAGUACACCCUACUCCAAAAAUGUGACUUUGCAUAGGAAAACGCACCAUGACGCUUUUCCGCUAAACAGCCAAUAGCGUAAGGCAUCCGUCAGCCGUCUGUUAGAGACCUAUACUUCACAAAGCGUUUGAAGCGUAAAGCUAUCCGUUUCAAAAACGCUAACAACAAUCCGUUAAAGUUGCUAGAUGGGUAAAGUACCGUUCGGAACGUCAAGUAUCCGUAAGGACACAAAGAGGCGUAACACAUAUCUUAUCUAAUGGGAGAAACAGCUCCGCUUAAUACCACGACAGAUUUGAACUAAGGCAAACAUAAGGCCCUUCAGUUAAGGCGCUGAAAAAAUCGUUAAGAGAGAUUCAAAGUUCUCCCAAACCAAUUUCUAACUUCUUCUUUGUAAUGAAUUGCCAAGGAUUGGUCCCGGAAAUCGCCUUAUCUGAUGCAUAGAGGUAAUGAGUUUGGUUCUCUCUUUAGGCUGCAGCAAAUGCUCAACCCAAAGAUAUCGAGGAUGAUAUUGAGUCGUAAGUAUAAUCGUCUCUUCAUAUUUCUCAUAACAAUGGUACAUCGAGAUUUAUCCGAACUUCACUGUUAUUAUUUACAGAUCUGGAUUUGUUCAGUACAAUUUCUGUUUCAUGAGGGCUUGAUAUAGGUUAUGGCACUUCUGACUCAGCACCUGGCAGUUAUGAUAAUUGUUCAUAUAAUAUAUUUUUGCUUUUUUUCAAUCACUCUGGCUGUAAAUUUGUGCAUUCAGUAUUUCUCACUGUUCUUACCGAACACACUCUGCAACGUGAUAUCUAAUCUGACCUAGUCUUAGAUCUGUUCCUGUUUUGGUUUCAGAAACCUUCUGACACCCGUAGGUGUAACUCGACAAUCAGCCGUCUUCACUCUUAAAGUGUUUCAUGCAGAAGAUCUUCCACAAAGUAAGAGCUUACAACAAAUCAAUAUCAGUAUCUGAGCAAGUGUGUACCUACCCCUCCCCUGACCCAACAUUGACCAUAACUUGUUACCAGUUGAUUGUUGUUGGUUGGGGUGCAGUUCCCUCGACACUGACAUUGACCGACAUUCCGACUUUGAUCAUUACUAAAAAACAUCAAUCAUCACUAAUUACAGUACACUACCUGACAACUUACCUUACGAACGCAUAUGUAUAAACAGUACACAAUACAAAAUUUCACGCGGCAGGUGAUUUACAAUUCGCGGUUACAGUACUUAACAUUUGUUAGUGUAUACCGCUGCUACUCCUUUGCUCUUCAAGACUCGCAGAUUUCUAUGAAUUGAUUUCUAAGUUUAACGUGACUUUUCUUGUGUUACUCUCCAGUGGACACAGGAAUUGGGCAGAGCUUUAAGAAAUUCUUCAGCUUCUUUUCAAGCGACGAUGAUAAAGAGGUUUGAUGUUUAGCUUUCGCUAGGUAAACAAAAACUUGAACUUAAAAACCCUGUCUUUGCACUUUUUAAACCAGCAUCACUGGCUAAUUAGGCGGGAUGUUUGCUGUGUCUAGACGACGUCAUUCUAGUUUUUCUUUCUAACUGCCUAGUUUUUAAAGAGUCCGAGUCGUUUUUGUGUCGGUUUUUCCGGCCACUUUGAUGAUUUCUUGGUGAAAUAUAAAACACAAAGUUUGGCUAAGUUAUGUGAUAAUGUACGAAAUCACGGCUCUUGUCAAACUGAAUGUCAAUUGGUUUGUUUUUGACUUGUUCUUUUGCAGGACGACAAAGGAAAGAAAGGCCUUGUGGAUCCAUACAUGGAAUUUAGCUUUUGUGGGAAGAAGGUAACAAAAUCCUACCUCACACUGUGGCUGUAGUACAAUUUCUGUCAGCGCAUGUCGAUAAAUGAAGAUAACAAUGGUUUUUAUUUUUUAUUUUUCAUUAGGCAACGACGGGAAUAAAAUACCACGACAGUAAUCCAGAAUUCAAACAGUUUCUGAAGAUCCCUCUCAUGGUAAAUACAGUCCUUUCAGGCCUCUCGUUUAAGUUACUUUUAUAACUUUAAUUCUGAUACAACUCUAACAAGUUAUUGCAUCUUGUGGUUGUCUUCGAACCUGCUAGAACUAAGAAAUUACAAUUCUGAUUACAAACUACAAAUUUCAUUCCUUUUGAAAAAGGAUGUUAUGGAAAAGUAUGCUAAGCUGCUAAGCUUAAAUCCUUAUCGUCUAGAAAAUAAAGGAAAUUAUUAUUAUUAUUAUUAUUAUUAUUAUUAUUAUUAUCAUCAUCAUCAUCAUCAUCACUACUGGAUUUGGGAUGGCGUAAAGUAAAAGGGUUAAUCUUUUCGCUUGAUUCUCGCAUGCAUGCUUCUACCGUGUGUUCCGAUCAUAUCUGAUCUGUGACUCUUAGUUUACAAACGUCAAUGUGGCAUUGCUUCUUUUUCUGUUACUUUCGUAUUAAAUUUUAUCUCUUUUUGAAUGGCACAGCUCCCGUCCAUGUGUGAGAGACUGAAACUGCAAGUGUUUGACUGGUAAGUUACAAUAGUUUUGUAACAUUCAUAAGUCGAAUUUACCAUCUAGAUCCAUUAUUCGAUAGUGUUCAUGAAAAUGGUUCGUAUAUUCAAGCAAUGCAGAAGUAUCGGGUGAAAAUGCUGGAGGAAUUUUCUUUAUUAUUCAGUCUCAGUACGUGCACCAUGAUUGGUCAGUUUAGUGAGCCCUUAUUUCCCCGUUACGGUCAAAUAAAUUCAAAAAUUAGUAUGAAUUCAAAUCUUCCUCCUCUAACUGAACUUAGAGAUAUUAUAAAUAUCGCGUACUAUCCUCGUUUUUCAGUCCUUACUGUAAGUUAAGAGACCUCGUUUUUUCUAAUCGGUCCGUACCUUUCAGUACUGACCCCGAACUCGGUUAAUAAGAGGUACAUUUAUUUACUUAUGUUAGAUUGUACUGCUUUUGUUUUGUAUUUGUUGGUGUCUUUUGUGUAUCCACAUGUUUAUCAACAUUUGUUAUUCCGUUCCUCUUCAGGGACCGAGGUUCAUCUGAUGAUUGUAUCGGCACAGCAUUUAUCAACCUGUCGUCCAUUGCCGGGCAAGGAGGUGAUGAAGGUAAAGCUAAAUAUACAAUGAGAAUGAUCCGAUUGAAUCGAUCAAAAUGUUACUCCGAUUUUAUUGUUUUUGCCUUAAACAUCUUCUAAAACAAAUGAUCUGUUUUAAUUUUCAGGUUUCUUGCCUCAGUUUGGUCCGUGUUUUGUCAAUUUCUAUGGUUCCACUAGAGAGUUCACCAAUUUGCCAGAUGAACACGAUGACCUAAACAAGGGAAUUGUGAGUAUACUUAACGCACGGCAGUAUUCUCUUACACAAGCUCGAGGUUCUGAGUCAUUUGUUAAACUUUUGGUCAGCGCAGCUUAUUUCAAUUUACAUUCGGCUUUUAUAGGUGCAUUUUAGCUUGGUCUUUGAUUAGAUUUUCCAAGCUCCAUUCAAUUUGGCCCGUAUAACGUGAAGUGGCUUGCCAGUGAUUUGGCCACCAUACACGGUUUCAAUAAGAUUGCUCAGCUUAUUGUAGGAUUCUCACGCUCCCAUCGGUCAAGGAUUGCGUCAUAUCUCGUGACAAUCACCUUGGCCAGGUGAUUCUUUGAGGGGCGCUGGAUUUCAAAAUUGUCAAUACUGAGGAAUAUCGGAGACCUUUUAGAUUUAAAUGGUUAAAUUCAUAUAUUGUUCUCUGCACUGUUAACUGUGAAGGACAUUGUUCCUAUUGGAUUACCCCAAAACACCAUACAACUUUAAAACUAAUGUGCAUAGCUCUCAACAGGUCUUUAUAACUUGAGCUUGGCCUUAUGGGUGCCUACAAUUCUGGUUAUGUUCACAGUAGUUGCAAAACAGCCAAGCGAACGACAUUCAUUUACCUGUAUCUUUCUUUCAGGGUGAAGGUGUGGCAUAUCGUGGACGAGUUCUUGUUGAGCUAACAACGACUCUUAACGAAGAUCUUAAGCAACCGAUAGGCGUGCUGGCCAAUGAAGACAUCAUUGUCGCUCAGGUGAGUAAGUCAACUUCACCUAACUUGAUGAAGUCAUAUGAGACACUGUAAGCUGAAGUGUACUACUUCUUCUUGUGUCACUGAAUGUUAAAUGUCUACACCGUAUUCUGCUUUUCACCAGUCUGGUUGCAGGUUACGAUUCCUUUUUAAUCCAUAAACGACACGUUACUUAUCUGACUUACCUGACUAAAGAAAGUCAAAUUUGCCGGUUUAUCGGCCAUGAAUAGUUUAUGUUGUCAUCACUCAUGCCCGAUUUUUGUGAAGCAGGUGCAUGGGUUACCCCACCCACUUAUGAUAAUUGUUAGUAGCAGGUUUCUAAGGAUUGUUUCCGUACAUCAUGUAAAUUACGUUUGAUAGCUUCUCAUAUGAACGACUUUUCUCUUCCAGCCCUUCCUGAGACGUGAAAGGUACAAGCUGUUUGUCUGUUUCUACGAAGCACUCAUGGUCUCUGAGACAGAUGGGCCUGUAGAAUUUGAAGUCAGCAUUGGUACGUAACUGCGAAAAUUAAACUGAAUUUUUUAAUAAAAUUGCGAGAUCAUGCUGUGCCCUUUCUAUAAUGGUAUCCACGAGGAAACUGUUCCUGGCAGAGGCACCUAAAAAAAAAAGGGGGGAGGGGAGGAUGUAGCAAGUUUCUGAAAAUCUAUCGAUAGAAAGAGUUUUCUUUUGAUAUCACAUCCAAUAGGAAACAACGGAAACAAAUUUGAUGAGUCAGUGGCUGCGUGUAACACACCGUCCUGCAAUGCUGUGUACGACGGUUGUCAUUACUAUUACCUCCCUUGGGGACAUGAGAAGCCUUGUGUAUGCGUGGAAUGCUCCUGGGAGGAUAUUGCCUUUAGACUUGAACCGGUCAACAUUCUCUCCAAGUUGGUAGAGCGGCUGGUAAGUGACAAAAUUGUGUAUCGAGCGACUGUAGACUAUGGCCAGUAAUUUAUAUGGCAAACUAUAAGGAAGAAGCCUAGCAAAAAAUCGUCAACGAGAGGACAUUGUAUGAACAUUUAUCAAAUUCUAAAUGAAGUGAAAUAAAUUGAGGGAAAAUCAUUUUGAGGUCUUUGUUUAAACUUUGUUUGAAACAUAAUUAAUGGAAGUGAUUUUGUUUAAGAAAUCUGGCCUGCGUUUGAAUUUUCACUUCAUUAAUUUCUAAGGAAGAUGUAACGUUAGUUGAGAUGAGCAUUACGUUUUAUUUUAUUGCAUGAAAAAGGCGCUUUUUAGCGUUCAUCGAUUGUUUAAAUUUGACCCCUUCACUCCCAAGAUCUCUUUAGCAAUUCUUACUUUCUGCCAUAGAUUCUUAUGAUGUUAGUUCAGAGAAUGGGGUUGGAUCGACUCAAAAUCCUCCAACUGAUAUUUUACCUCAUCCUUGUCACUUGUCUGCUUGAAAUUGAUAUUAUAAGGAGAAAUUCUGUCUUAGUCACUCGUGGGAGUUAAAGGUUUAAAAAAAAUGCUUACUCUUGUCCUGAGCAAACCUCACCGACUCUGAUAUUGUGUUUUAAUCUCAGCGAGAAUCCGUAUCACGUCUGAAACAAGCAGCUGAACAGUCCAAAGUUAGUGACGACCCAAAAAUAAAGGAUAUGUUGUCUUCUCUGUUGGACAACAUGGCCCGGGACUGCAGGUAACGUGAACAAUUACAACACAGCGUUGAAUUUAAAAGAUGAGAAUAUCACAAAAAGGUUAAUGACAUACUGAUAGCUGUGCCGCUUUCCUUUAGAACGGAGCACUCUCGUUUUAAGGAAGAAAUUCCCAAUCUUCCCGGAAAACGAAACAGUUUGGACAACAAGCUCCAUCAAAUGAGAGUUGACGAAUUCGUAAGUACAGUGUAACUUUACAAAGUAAUCCACAGAUCAUAAUUUCAGAUCAGAAUUUUCAACACUGCUUUUUGCCUACUCGACUUUUAUUAAAGCAAUUUGUACGAAGAAACAGAAAAAAAUUGACUAACAUUAUUGGAGUUUAGAAUACUACCGUGGUUAUGAUUGUGAUGAAUCCUUUUGUUUGGCAUUUGUUGUCAACUGAAAAAUCACCAUUGUUGUUUUCAAGAUGUUCUUGUUGGAUGAUAUUGGUGCUCUGCAGUGGAAAUUAGCACCACCUUUGGAGGGUGAAGAGGAAAAGGAGGAGGUGGACUUCAAAGAGAUGUUCUCCGAGCUCGACAGCUUUGUACAGCGCCUUGAAGACUUAAAAAUUGAGGUAACCUACGUCAUCUAUUAAAUUUCAGUUUGUUUGCAUGCGUGCCCUACGGAAAAUGAAGUGGAAAAUUUCAUCACGCUGUAUCAAAAGUCUUAGACGACACAGACCAUCCUUUUAUGUUGCUGAGCGGGUAACCAUCUGUGUUGAAGGCGCUUAGCGAACUUUGAGGUAACAUUCUGCCAACGAAACUUGGUCUAAUAUAAAGUUCAAGGUAGAAACCACCCCCUCCCUACCCUACCCUCCCCCCCCUCCUCCUCAUUUGUACUUCUGGGUGGAGAGUAGUUUUUGUGAGAGUUAUCUGUCUUGCUGAAGACCGUGUCUAAGACAUUUGGCUACAAUUAACAUUUAACACCCCUCCUCUUUCGCACAUUGCGUAUAAAUUAUUUCUUACCACAUUAGCUUUAAAUUAGAUAAGUAGCUCGAAAUAAAUAGCCUAUGAUUAAACUUGUGACCCUGAAGAGUUUCCGGUCAUUUCGCCACAAAGUCCCUUGCUACAAAGUCAUUUCGCUUCAACAGCAUUUCGAUUAAAGUAGAGCCGCUACGAAUCAUAACUCCUUCGAUCCAGUACAGUCUAGCGUGCUAAACUGCUCAUGAUAACCAUGUGUGUUCGAGCCAACAAAUGUUCCGUGAAAUACCACAAAUACAGCAAUACGUUAGUCACCAUUAACGUUUUUUUGAACCUUAAAUUUUCUUGUAGCCUCAAGUGAGUUUACCGGACGUUAUCAUAUGGAUGAUCAGUGGUGACAAACGAGUGGCGUACUACAGAAUGCCAUCUCAUUUACUGUUGUUCUCUGAGACUGAAGCAGCAUGUGGAAAAUUCUGUGGAAAAACAAUCGAGAUUCCCAUGAAGGUACGUUCAUUGAGAAGCUCGUGUUUAUCACUAGCCAAGAUUAUUUAGAGUCCGUCUAUCAAUGAGACAUAAAAAGGAAUGAGGUCGCAUUAUUUUCAUUCUUCCUCGCAUUCUGUUCACAUAGCUUCCUAAUUAUGUUCUCAUUUAGAGAAUCACCCAGAGCGCGCACGAACGCAAGGGAGCGGGAAGGGUUUUUUGUCUCCCGUUGCUGGGUAAUACAUAAUAAUGCUCGCGCAUGCUCCUUCGCCAUAAAAAGUUUGAACUAAGCAAGAGUCAUCAUGGACAGAUUACCCUUUGUUACAAAGUGCCUCGCAGAUUAUUUUAUUUUUGUUUUUCUUUUAUUGCCUUUGCUUGGUAUGGCUAAACAACCUCCUUUCGGCUGCCUGACCUGUAUUAUGCUUUUGCUAGUAGUGAGAAAGAGCUGGUUGUAACAUCUCCAUACAAAUUAUACCAACCGAUUGGCUUCCCUUUUCGUCCUUGUCGUUUCGUUCGAUCAGCACCAAGCCACCGCUCACUCAAAACUGCUCUACGCUUUUUUGUCUUUAGUAUCCUGGCAAGAAAGGACAAGACGUCGACGAACACCCAGAACUUCCAGCCAAAUUACGCGUGGAGAUGUGGCUUGGACUGGAAAAGCAACAGCAGUACUGGACUGCACGACCCAAAACUGAGGGGGAUUUCUGUGUAUUUGCCGAGACGGUAGGUUAUUUAAGACCAAUAAUGAUUUUGAGCGAAACCCUACAGGUAUAUGCAGGUGGCUCGGAAAUCAAACGUUGUCCUGCAUCACGUUCUUGCUUAGCAAUAGACCCUUCCACAAGAGAGGCUAAAAAUGAAACUAUGAAGAUAUAAAACUACACUGUAAAUAUGUAUCAUUGCCUACAUAAGCAUCGUCAGUUUGAUGAUCUUUCAAAAUGCUAUGAACCAGCUGUUAUUUCAGUCAAGACAAAGGAAAUUUUGAUUUUAAAAGUAGUGCAGACAUUUUUAUGUGUUUAAUUAUGGUUGCAGUUAUUUAAAAGUCUUUAGAUUGUUAUCGAACAGCUCAGCCUUCAACACGGACCUUGUACUUCAUGCUGAAAGGAUAUUUAAUUUCAGUCGCCAAUUUCGACAAAGUUCCAUUACAGUAUGGGGUGAAGCUGAAAUAAGAUUUAAGUGAAAUGUAAGCUCAGAGUUUGUAUGAAAUUCACCCCAAAGUGCCAAUGAUUAGAGAAUCCAAAAGAUGAAUUGAUUCAUAAAUGUAGAUAUAUUAAUAAGCACAACCACACCCUAAUUUAGUUACAUAUUUAUAUUUUCUGAAAAUCAGUACGAAAAUGAGGUGAAGAUUAUCAGCAAGUGGACCAACAAUAAGCUGACUCGUCCUCGGUUCUCUGAUGCAUCUGGUGACGUAAGUACAAUGUUAUUUACCUUGAUAAUCGCUUUUCUUCCACAGCAGAAUUAAUUGUUCUUUGUAAUUAUUUUCUCAAAUACUCGACUCAAUAAUAAUCUUUCUGGACUUUUCAGCUCUAGUAUAUGAUCAUCUGCCCCUCAAAGGCUGAAUGGCAUGAGGGUAAAUGUUCACGGGUUGUUUUCUUUGCUAUUAUUAUUAUUAUUAUUAUUAUUAUUAUUAUUAUUUUGUUUAACCUUUAGAUGCAAAACACAAGUAAAAAGCGUGUGAGAGGACGGACAAGGUUCUCGCUUCGCGUGACUGCUCAUUCACAAGCAAAUCCCUUGGGCAAGGUCAAAACGUGCGCCUGCCCUUUGAGCAUAUUUUUCAUUGGGAUGACUCAAAGUCUUUUUAUGUCUUCUUUUCAGUUGGAACUACCCCAAGACAAGUUUUUUCCACCUGAAGGCUGGAAAUUUGAAGGUGGCUGGCAAAAGAAGCCUGAGCUCAGGUACAAAAAUAAUGGAAUCAAAGUUUCUUUAACUUUGUUGAAUAAUUGAAUAAUUUACCGAACAUAACGAUGACAGAAGUUCAAAAUGAUGAAUACUUUCACAAUGGAAUUGUCCUAUGUCUAUUUUUGUUCAUGAAAUCGUCAACCACUGGUUUCGAGACGGGAAACGUCGUUGCAUUUGCACUCCGAGCUACUAAUAAGUUUUACAUUGCUCCUAAAAUAAUACUAAAGUUCAGUUUUGCUUUUCGUUCAGUUUGUUCCACGAUCCUGAUGAAGGGCAUAAAGAAUAUUUGGUAGAUAUCUUUGAGAAUCAAGUCAGAAGUUUUCCCGGUGGCGACUUCAAACCAGCUGGAGAAAAUAACUGGACUGAUGCGGUAAGAACCUUCCUUUUUUCUAAUUUCACCUGCCUGAUAAAUUCUCCACUGACUCGUUAUUUUUAAAUAGAACGGAGAAGAGGUUCCAGGUCCCUCUGCUCAAAAAGCUCCUCCUGGUUGGGCGUGGAAGUCAAAGGACUGGGAAGUGGACAAAAACAGAGCUGUCGAUGGAGACGGUAGGUUACAAAGAAAUGAAAUACGAACUAGUGACUAAAAGAGAAGCUAUGUAGAUGAAAAGAGGAUAUAUCACAUUGCCUUACUUGGAUAUGAAUCUCAUCUUUGAAAUAUGACUUCAGAUUCUGUUGUUGAAAUACGGGUAGAUGGUUUCGUAUCACUUCAUGAAUACUCUAAAAUAAUUUUGUGUUUAUUGUAAGGAUAUAUUUACCCUUGAUUUUAGGCUGGGAAUAUUCCGUUAACCCAACGUAUGGAAUUUAUGGGCCAGUCAUGAAGGCUUACCACAUGUCUAGGAGAAGAAGACUUGUGCGAUCGAGGGAGCUAGUGGAUGCAAAUUCCACUAAGAAACAGGUAAAGUUCUUAAAUAGAAAUAUAAAUGGUUUCCUAAAAUAAUGAAUCUCUCAAUUGAGACCUCAUUUGUAAGCUCAUUUCAUAGCCGCCAUCAAAGUUGAAUGUCGAGAAUAUCCAUAAUUGCAUCGCUUUUUCUUUGCUUCGCCACAAAAUAAUUUCUGGCCACAAUUUUUUUUUGGCCCACAAAAAGCUACAUUACCCUUUUAACCAAUCAGAUAAAAAUUAAAAUGCUCGCGAAUAAGUAGUCACUCGCGUUUUUUCCUGGGCUCCAAUUUUAGUCUGCUUGUUUUUACUUCGAAUUCUCGUUAGCGCGUUUCGGAACAUUACCUUGGCAGCAGGGUAACGCAGCUAGAGGGGAGAAUCGAAAAAAGGGUUGACAGGACGUUGUGAUAGUUUUCGUUUAAGUUUUGCGACGCGUUACGGAUAUGUGAUGUUUACUACGCUUUCUGUCUAACCCUUGAACUCCCGGAAGUGUUUAAUAUGUAACCUCUCCCUAUAAUAUCCAUACAUUACUCAGCAAACAGGUAAUGAGAGUCAUCGAACUUAUCAGGUACAAGUUGUUACCUUGAUCUAACACCAAAUUCUUUUAACUUAUUUACAAGGAAAGGCGUAGCAGCUAGAGAGAAGAAUCGAAAGUCAGAUCUUGGGAGUUUAAGGAUUAUAAAAAUUAUAUUUUAUGUUGCCGUGCUUCUGUUCAGUUAGAGAUCACAGAUGCAUGCGGUAGGAAAAAAGUGGCACACAAGGCGCAGCCGAGUGUGUCACUGAUGUUCUUACCGCACUAUGACGUCUUCUGUUAUCCAUUACUGGACAUGGAAACAUGGCAAAAUUUAUUCUAUUUGUUUUACAUGAUAAAAAGAAAAAUGUUGCUAUUGGUUUCGUCAUCUGCACCGUAUGCGUCUGUCCUCCGAUAGAUCCAAUCAAAAUGCGUAUACGAUUCAGCUUAUCAUAUAAUUCAUGUUGGUUAAUUCUUCUUGAUCCAAUCUUUUCUCUAGGAUCAAUUACAGAAGCUUUUGGCAGAGGGCUGGGGUUACGCUCCGUUGUUCAAUAAGAAAUUUCACGCCAAGGAGAAGAAGCUAGAUUUUGUGCGAAGAAGACGCUGGCUGUUGAAGAUAGUACCGAGCGCAGGGAAGAUUGAUGGAUUCUCUUGCAAGCUGCCACCAAUUCUGCGAAUCCAGCUCAAAUCUAAGGUAAGUCCUACAGAUGAACCCUGCUGCAAGGUUUGGUUCCCAUUGGUACCGCAAUGGUUCAUAGUCAUAAGGUUCUAAUGAUCUUGUGGGGACGUACGAGAAGCCUGGAAUAGCUUCUUGACCGACGUAGAGGCCUUCGCCGCAGUCACCAGUGGCAACUUACUGGAGCCAGGAAAUUCAUUGGUUAAAAUGCGAGGAAUGGAUAACUUUCCUUAUCAUAUGAAACUGUUUGGCCCUAUUUGGCGCACUGUUAUUGGAUAACAUUAGUAAAAAAAUCCCCAUAUGAGAACAGAACGCGAUGAUGCGGGCAGGGCUGGAAAAAAGCCGCACAUUCCCGCGAAGAUGAAAGGAAAAAGCGAGAAAAAGAAGGAGCGAUGGUCUUGUGUUGAAAUGCUUGUCUUUCCUUUUCUAAAUUCAUUGGAAAAUAUGAUUGUCACUAUAUUAAAUGUGUUGACAAUUCAAUGUUGCAGGACAAAGAAAGUGCGUUGUGCAUAUCUCCAAGGAUGUUUGUAACUUUUGCCAGUAAGUAGUCCCGCGAUUUCUUCCUUAUAUUUACGUUUUUAUUAUCUAUGCACCUAUAUCUUUCGGACGAACUUUGAAAAACCGUAUCAACUUUCUUUUUCACAACAGAGCCACACAAGUAUCAACUGUGGGUGUAUCUUUACCAAGCACGAGACCUUAUCGCCAAAGAUGAAAAUGGAAUGAAUGGUAUGUUGGUUCAUUUCGUACACGCAGUGGUCUUUCUUUGCUGUUAUUAUUUUUAACUCAUGGAAAUGGAAAUUACUUCAAUAUAUAUUUAAUAAUAUUUGCCAUUUUUUGUUCAUUAAGUAGGAGGAAGGACGCAAAGGAAACUACAGUAGAACUGCAUGAAAAGGAAACUGCGUCAAUAAAACUAAUUCGUUACGCACUUUUUCCUAUUUCCUUUCAGAUCCUUAUGCAAGAGUUGCCUUUGGUAACCAAAGUCAAAUAACGAACAUUAUCAGCAAAACUCCUUGUCCAACCUGGGAUCAAACAUUGAUUUUUGUGAACAUGGAAAUCAGCGAAGAUCCUGAGAACCUCAAGCGAAAUCCUCCCAGUGUGGUCGUGGAAUUGUUUGACCAUGACACGGGCAUGGUACGAUCAGUUGUGAACUAAAACAGUUUUAAGAUACCGUUCAGUUGUCAAGUAGUUGGCAGCUUAAUCGGGAAUUCUAGGAUCACUUGAAGUAUAAAAAUGUCGUCAAAGCGCCUUGAUAUUGGAACCGUACCGUUAAGCAGAAACCGAAUCAUUUCGGUGUAAAAUCGGCGUUCGAUCUGGUUCAAUACCUCAGUAGCUCUUUCACAGUUCUCUUGAUAAACCGCUGUAAAAUGCAUUAGAACUUAGCACAUGAAAGCAAAUUGACCUACAAGGCGAACGAUACGGUUUGAAAGGGAAAAUCAUAAAUUUUCCAUUAAAAAUAAAUGUCAUCAAAAUUAUUGGGGCUGCUCAUCCCAACAGAGUGAGUUUUCAGGAAAAGUGCCUUUAAAAGAAUCUUCGAUCUGGGUCAAACGUUUUUACCAAAUGUUUAUAUCAUUUUGUGAAUAGUGCCAAGACGGUUUGCAGCUAACACUAGAAAAAAGAUUUCUUUUUUCAACAAGCCCUACUUAAGGAAAUCUUGAGGCAUACUAAUUGUCUGAAAUAACAAUGUAAGUUUGACUUCGCUCAUGUGACCGGCCCUUGCAGUUUUCAGCUUGAAAUUUGAUUAGUUGAAGACCAUUCUCCUUCACAAUUUUUUAGGGAAAAGAUGAUUUCCUUGGUCGCUGUCUGUUGACUCCAAAAAUUCGACUCAAGGGACUCGAAGAACCAGAAGCCAAGUUACUGUGGCACAAGGUGAUGCGUGGAGAUCAAGACGGGGGCGAGAUGCUCGCUGAAUGCGAGCUGUUCAUGGUAAGAGUUUAAAUCGCCAGGUCUCAUUUCCAUUAUUAUGCAGGAGCAUCGACAUUCAAUUUAUGAAAGUAAGCAAGGAGGUGUAAGUUGAGUGAUUAUUUUUCUAGGAUGAGGGAGCAAAGUUGCCACUCCCACCCCCUAUGCGUGAUGGUGUGUACCCUGUAAGGAGCAAGGUGCGGCCCGUCGUUCAGAAGACAGCUGUGGAGGUAAGAUGUGAUGAUCUUCAGCUAAUCGGAAAUGUUCUUUAGGUGCACUGGCCUACAGAAGAGUACGCCCAUACUGAUUUCUUAUCAAAUGCAAUGUAUGAAAAGCAGAUUUGAACGACGGAAUAAAAAUGUUGAUUGAAGAGAUAUUAUGGCAGUCAGAAACACAACUAAAGCUUUACUCUAAACUUAAGUCGUGUUUGGAAGCGAACAACGUAGGUAUUUCUUAGGUGUACGAGACCCGCGCGAUGGAUUCACCUUACUUGAAUCACUGUUUACUCGACUUAACGAUAAGAAAAUUGCUUUUAAUUGUGUUGAAAUUUUCAAAGGCCGUGAGAAGCGACUGCAUGCUUGUAACCAAUCAAAAUUGAGACAGUGACACAUGUUUAAAAAAUUUCAAUAUUUAAAAUAAAACUCCUUCUCUUCUCUUAUAUAGAUUUUGACUAAGUACUGAUUAAACUUUUCCAAAAACUGGUUUUGUGGCGCUGAAAACACUUUUUAUAUUUCAGUAAAUGGAAAACUGUUCAGAGAUCUCUUAUUUCCAAUGUACCGUAAAAACCCGCAGAUAAGCCGCACCCGAAAAUAAGCUGCACCCUGAAUUUAGCAGCUCAAAUUUUGGAAAAAAAAGUUUUUUGAAAGAAAUCAAAAGAAAUCCAAAGUCGAGUUUUGAGAAGUCUUCUUCAUCUACAGUUCAUCGAACGUAAACUCACGAUUAACGGAAAUACUUCAAAGUCUUACCCACAAUUUUAGCACUUUUAUAUAAUGAACAUCGUUUCUACCAACUUUGACAUAUGAUUGAUCUUUUUCUGGUAUUUAUUGACAGGAAUUUCUUCAUUCAACACAGUUUUUCCAUAGAUUUCUGCAUUACAACAAGAACGUGAGCGGAAGAUUCGAAGCUUAGUAACCAGGCAUUGGAUCGGACGCGAGUGAAAACAUUCACGGCACCUUUUUCAAAUGUUCCCGCAGAAAAGCCGCACCCCCAAUUUCAAGCCACGAUUUUUGGAAAAAAGUUGCGGCUUAUCUGCGGGUUUUUAUGUAAUUGAUUAUGUAUCCUUACGUAAUUGAUUAUUUAUCCUUAGGUUCUUUGUUGGGGCGUAAGGAACAUGAAGAAAUUUCAGUUGACCAAAGUAACAUCACCCUCGAUCGAGUUCGAGUGCAUGGGUUCGGUGAUUGAGUCACCUGUUCUUGAGAACACAAAGAAAAUGCCGAACUUUGGCGAACCAGUAUUAGAGAGAAAGAUUCUGGUAAGUCUCUUACAUCAGUGGCAAUCAGGCUGUUUGUAUGUCUCUCUCUUUCUCUCUGUCUCUCUGUCUCUUUCCCGUAUUCACUUCCACACCGUCAAAGUGUGUUCAGUUACACACAUUAUUCUUGUUGAGCUGAAUAAGUAAAGCUAAUUCCUGGUUAACAUCACCUAAAACUUGCAAUGAUGGAAGUGUCUGAUAAACUUUGCGAUCUGUCGUAGAAUUUACCAGUGGAGGACUUGUACUCGCCACCAAUCAACAUUCGAGUCAGAGACAACCGACAAUUUGGUCGAAAACCGUUGGUUGGUAUCCACUCAGUCAAGUCUCUCGCGGCAUUUAAGUGUAAGCUGCCGUCACAGACUGCUGCAGACGAUUCGGAAGUGGAUGGUACGUCAUUACAAUUUCCUUGUUCUCGUCACUAUUUUAGUUUCAAUAAUCGUCAUUACUUCUGGGUCGCAAAUAGUUUUCUUUUAAAAUAUUCUUUCGUUAAACGUAGGCAUCUUAGGAAAUGUUUAGAGAACAGUAUGGAGAAUAUGCAUACUGAUGUUAGGGUAUAAAGGAUUAAAGAUGAAGUCCUUGUUUAGCCUGCAUUGCGUCUCGCUUUCUCUUUAAAAAGUACCCUAUGGGCUGUGACAGACCGCAGUCUUGUGUUCAAUCUUGCAGAAGUGCUUGUGGAUUUAACUGAUGCUCCACCCCCUGAAAAGAAAGUUUGGCCUGAGAAAAGGGAAGAAGCUCCACCGCCUGAAAAAAAGCCAAAGGGAAAAGGAAAGGAAAAGGAAAAGAGGAUGAUGGUAAGCGGCAAAAGUUUUUUGUAGACCCAAUUAUAAAACACUUUUUUUAAAGAAUACUUCAUCUUAAGGAAACGAAUAAGCCGAUGUAAAGAGUGUUUUGAUUUAAGAAAUGAUUCUGGCGUUUAAGACUGUACUUUUUCUAAGGCACUUGAGUCCCUGAUGAAGACUUGCGUGCUUAUACAUGAAAAUUUAUGUACAGCAGUAAUGGUCCAAGUUAAUCAUAUGAAAUAUCUCAAAAUCGAUUACUGACUGUAGAGCGCCUUUCAAUUGAUUAUUAUAAAGCCAAAACCAAAGGGGUUACAACGACCAAUGGGCAGGCAGCCAAUGGGAUCUUGAAUUCAGAACGAGCUAUUGAUUUUUAAGUAAAGAUUACAUGCUCUUUCUAUUCUGAUUGGUUAAGGAAAUGACGCAUUUUUCUAGACCAAUCACAAAGCAAAUAAGAACAGAAUACUUACGACCUUGAGAAAAUUGCCAUAUAAAUAUACCUGAUAUUCUUCAUACAGGAUCCCGACAGGUUUGACUGGUGGUCCAAGUACUUCGCCUCUUUGCAAGGGGCUGGAGCAGGAGCAAAAAUCUCUAAAGGAGAAAAGGUGCGAGGUUGUUUGUUAUUUUAAAUAGCUAAUAGCUAAUCAUUUGCCUGCGUUUUAAAUCAUUUGCUCUAUUAAUUGCGUGAUUCAGCGAAGAGUUCGCUUUAGCACAGAGGUACAGGGAUAGAACAAAGAAGCGCGGAAUCCAGGGUUUUGGGGAUGGAUUCCUUAUAGGGAAUCGCACUAUAUUUUUGGCCUUCGCGAAUGAAAAGGCUACUAACAGAUUUCUUUACUUGCAUGAUUUGCUGCUAAGUUUGCCAUUCAACUGUCUUCUUAAGUGAUACUCGGAUUGCUAAUAAAGAGACUGAAAAAUUAGAUAACUAAAUAUGGAAAUUACAACUCUCUUUGUGUAGCUUGUUGGAAUGUUUACGACAGACAAAGAAGGAGACAAAGCCAGCUUUACCGAACAUACAAGGAAAUACUUGUCCAGGGGAUAUGACACAAUCAAGGUAAAAAUUUCAACUUUGUUUGAUGGCUGUUUGGUUGGUUUUUAAGUUUACCUUAAGUGUUAACUGGCCAGAAAUUGUAAAGAAAGAAAACACAAUCAUAUCGCAAGAAAUAACGAAUCGCACACGCAGUUUCAAGGCCUGUUCAAUUUUACCCGUAGAUUUCUUCUGAUAUCUUCUUUCUGAGAGAGAGAAAAAACUCAAGUGAUAGUCUUCUCAAAGCAACCCAUAGCAUUUUUGAAAUAGCUCCACCUCGAUAAAUUGGUGAGUGACCCACAACAAUUCAUAACUGUUUCUCUGGGUUUUUGUCUAGGUGUAUCACAAAGAGCUUGAAAAAGUCCCAGAAUUCCAAGGUUUCAGCGACUUCCUUGCAACCUUUCCACUUCGUCGUGGAAAGACAAAGUCUCACAAGGAUGAUGACGAAGACGAAGGAUCGGUUGGUGAAUUCAAGGUGCGAAAAAACCUAGAUAAGCUAAAGCAGCUUGCAUUCCUUCCCUUCUAGUAGACUUAUCCCUAAAGUGUAUCAAAGAGGUGUGCAAUGGGCUAUUUCCAAAUAACCUUUUGCCUCUUUUUCAAAAUGAGCCCAGGUACUCAAACAUUUGUUUGGAAACGAGUUUAAUUUACAUGUGAAUGAAAACUUACAAUCACAUGAAAGGAUGAGCACUAAGACUCGCUUUCAAAAUGAGGCCAAAGGUAAUUCAGAAAUGGCCUUUUUAUGUCUAACCUGAAUAAGAAGACGCAAGCUUUUAAACUCAGUUAGUUACGAACGGUAAUGAUUUAAAAUUAUUUCAGGACUCUUAAGGCUUAAAGUUACAAUAUUACAGACUUGCAUGUAAAUCUUCUUCAUGGUCUAUUUCUUUAGGGAACUUUCCGUAUUUACCCUAUUCCUGAUGAGAUGUCGGAUACAGAUCUUCCUGAAACAAUGCUCACUAACCUUCCCAGCAGCUUACCAAUCGAGUGCACAAUUCGAGUGUACGUUGUUCUGGUAAGUUCGCACCCAUCGAUUUUCAGUAAACUUCGAGUUCUAGUCGAUAUAAUGGUCUGACGAAGGGCUAGCGCUCGAAAACCAGGUAUAGAAACUGUACAGUGGCCAAUUUGCAUGGACAAUUCAUUUGAUGAAACUAAACUCGUUAUACCCCUCCUACUGACGCAGCACCUCGGUUUCUUUUACUCCCUUUGGUGAAAAGUAUUUGGUUUGGUUGAGUUUAUGUGCUCUUCGCAAAAAACGAAACAGUCAUUCAUCUUUGCUUUUUCGGUAUUUUCAUUUUUUGUUCCUUUGGAUCAGCUGUACGUUGUUUUCCGCAGUACAUCAAUUGUAAAAACAGCUUAAAAUUUCGAUUUUUUUCCACAUAGGCUACUGAUCUCCAGCCCCAAGAUCCAAGUGGAUUGGUGAGUGUUACUGUUGUUGCUUUUGCUGGUGUUGUUGUUUUUGUUAUUGUUCUUGUUGUUGCAUUGUUAUUUUUGUUUUCGUCGUGGUCGUCGUUGUCAAGGCUCAUGCUGACAAAUUUUCCACAGUAUUGUGAGUACGUUUUUUUUUUUGUACGUAUCCUUUUACUAGGUUUGGAUUUACAACUAUCACGAGUGGUAUUUAAUUCAUAUACUUUUUGUUUUUUUAACCCUGGCAGGCUGACCCUUAUCUCAUUGUUUCCCUUGGAAAGAAGAAAUAUGACGAUCAAGAAGACUUCAAACCAAAUACGCUCAACCCGGUGUUUGGAAAGUAAGUUGUUGCAUGUCACAAAUUGCAGUCCUCAGAUUCAUGCACUGCUUUCAACAUGCAUCACUGGUAAGCUUCGUUGUGAAUACCAAUGAUCUUGUUCUUACUCCUUAUCGUAGGAUGUUCGAAUUCAAAACUUCCAUCCCUCAGGAAAAAGAUCUAAAAAUCCAAGUGAUGGACUACGACUACCUCAGCAGGGACGAUUUGAUCGGUGAAACGGUGGUCGACUUGGAACAGAGGCUGUUGACUCGCUUCCAUGCAAAGUGUGGUUUACACAAGACAUACUUCGUGUAAGUUUGCAGAUCUUAACUAACUUCAUGCAUCAUUUCUUUUUAAAUAAAAAUCAUAAGCGCUUGAGGAUUUUAAAGGUGGUUUCCAGGGGAAACGUCUAAAAAGUUGCAGAAAAUCGACACAGAACAAUUGAGCUAUCUUAGCGCGUUAGUUUGCCUUUAUUCUUGUAGAGUGAAAAAAGCUUAAGACUAAUAGGAGUUAAUUACUUUUAUAUGUUUCUUUGUGAUACGUCACAGUUAACCAAAAACGAAAUCUUAAGCAAAGCUGUGCUCCUAGAUCAUUUAAACGCUUUUUUCACCUGAGAGAAAUGCUCGAAAGUAAUUGUUGAGUCAUUGCUUUUGAUUCGCUUUCACUUUCAUUUUUCGUCGGCACUUUAUUACAUUUACUUAACGGUUGGCGUUUGUUUCUCUUUUAGGUCUGGGCCCAACGCUUGGCGCCAUCCUGAGAAGCCAUUCAGUAUCCUUACGAGGUACUGCGAGACUGCCAUGAAGUCCUUCAACUUCUUCCCUGGCAAAAAUCAGAAUCCUGACAGGAUCAUAAUUGGAGACAGAGAAUAUACCUUGAGUCAAUUCGGUAAGAAAGCAUUAUUUUCAUUUGACAUAACCUUGACUUUGGGCUUGGAAAAUAUUUGACUGAAUUAACGUAGAAUCCGAUAACAGAAUUCAACCCUUUGACUCCCACAAGUGAUCAAGGGAGAGUUUCUUCUUACACUAUCAAGAAAAUAUCAAGAUAAUCGACGAGAAAAAAAUAACAGGUAGGGGAUUAUUGGUUGAUCUAAUACCGAAUUUUUCGAACUAUAUAACAUUAUCGUGGCAGACCGUAGGAGGAAUUACUAAUGAGAUCUUAAGAGCAAAAGAGUUAAGAAGAGAUCCUCACCUGUCUGAAUAAACAUUUGAUAAGAAUAUGCAUCAUAAACAAAGAUAAACUAUCAGAGUUCAGCGUUAAAGGGGAGGUAUCCCUAAAAUUUCGCCUUUGCUACUUUUCGCAAUUUCGAUUUCCUUGCACUUACAACUCGAUUGACUAUUUAUCAUGAUUCACAGAGGAAGGUGAUCCGCCAGAAAAGGAAGUAGGACCUGCUCACGAACGUUUGGCUCUUCACAUUCUGCACACGUUCAAUAUGGUACCGGAGCAUGUGGAGACCAGAUCCCUUUACAGUCCGGUUCAACCAGAUAUUGAGCAGGUAUGCAGCAAGUUUUGAAGUAUCGUCAUCCUAACGCUGUAUUUAGCAGUCGCUAAACUUUCCUUCUCCUUCAUUAAUUGUUUAAUUCAUUUUCUUUAUAGGGAAAACUUCAAAUGUGGGUCGACAUCUUUCCAAAGGACGACGGUGCCUGCAAGCCGCCUGUUGUUAUCGACGAAAGGAAACCUGUGAAGUGAGUGAAACUAGUUCUUGGUCUGCUCCUUUCGUUUCAUAUAAGAAACACCGUGCCUGAGAUGGUUAAAAUGGCUGAAAAAUCGAUCUAAACAUAACAAGUGGGAUAUUCUGUGACAUAGGGACUGAGGUGUGCCGUCUACUCGCAUCAUUAUUAGUUACUUGAAGCAAAAAAAAUGUAUCGGUGAUUCUUCCCUGCAAUGGAGCUAAAGAAUUUAUCCUGAAAGUAAAUUAGAGCAUUUGCUAGUGUCUCAAGAAAUUUCUGUGCUACCUCAGUCGAUUUAAGUCACUAAAACACUUAGUAGGUUAUCAACUGUAAGAUGAUGGAACUGGAUAAACUGCUGAAGUAAAUUUCAAAAGAUGACUUUCCAAGUGUAACCCUUCCGAUGAAAAUAAGUGCCGGGGUUUCAAAAAUUACCUUCAAAUCGGAUUUAUCGAUUUCCGUUUAUUGAAUUUUUUCACGAUGUUUUGUACCGAUAGAAAUGAGUUGCGUGUAAUCGUCUGGAAUACAACUGACGUUUUGCUGGAGGAGGAGUCGAUCACAGGCGAGAUGAUGAGUGACAUUUAUGUCAAGGCGUGAGUACCUCCUCAGUUUUGCCUUUCUUAUUAAAAGGCUGAUUUAAUAUAGACAAUAAUAUUUGUACACUGGGAUUUUUCUUAGAUGGAUCGACGUUCAAAACGAGAAACAGAAGACGGAUGUUCAUUACAGGUAAAGUUAAGGAAAAGAGAAAUAUGAUGUAAAUCUAAAGACUUCAACAUCUGAAUGCUUCGACCCCUAAAAGCGACUAGCUUAAUUUCCUCUUGCAUUGUUACCCCUGAAGCACACAAUAAGGUGAUAGAAUGAAGGAAAUGAUUAACAACUGUAGAAGCUUUUGAUUGUUAAACAAAUUCUCCUCGUCAGAACCAUAAAAAAUGUAUAGAGAACAGUAUGGAGAAUAUGUCUACUGAUGUUAGGGUGGAACCGGGUUAAAGAGUUAAACUCCGCCGGAAACAAAAAUUGUUGUUCGUUUACGUAAAAGAUUCACUAGUUACGUUUCUACAACUAACAGUGCCAUAUUAAAGUGGUAUACAAUGCAAUAUUGUUCUUUCUUUCCGGAAUUUGGUCAGUAUUUUUCAAAUGCAUUGUACAUGUAACAGCUUUUCAUCCCCUAAGGAAUUUAACAGUCAUUUCGCUUGACUUUCUCUCUCUCUCUCUCUCUCUCUCUCUCUCUCUCUCUCUCUCGUUUUAUUGAACGGCUUCACUUUCCUCAACAACUUAAGGCUAAACAAUUGAGGACAAAUUUCAUACAAUAAUAGAGAUAAAAAUCCAUAAAACUGGCUUUCUCCUAUCCUUAACAUAAAUAAUUUCUUUCAAGCUCUUCCACUUAAACGUUUAUUCCUAAGCGUGCUUUGAUUGAUUGAAACAGAUCUCUGGAUGGCGAUGGCAACUUCAACUGGCGAAUGGUGUUUCCUUUUGACUACUUGCCUAUCGAGAAGAAAUUGGUUGUAAAAAAGAAGGUAGUGCAACAGACAAUACUCAGUUACUUAUUUUUCAGUUGAUGUCAACUUGUUGAAGGUUUGUUUUCGACAGAGAAAGUAUGAUUAAAGCUUAUUGUAUUCGUAGGAACACUUCUGGAGUCUUGACGAGACUGAAGAGAAAGUCGACGCAAAACUCAAAGUUCAGAUUUGGGAGAACGACACAUUCUCUAGUGAUGACUUCAUAGGUAGGCAAUUAUAGGCCCGCACAUCGUAUAAAGAAAAUCUUUCACCGCCAUCUAUGGAAAUCGAUGGUCAUAUCUCUUCAGGACAGAAGGUGUCCGUACACCAAUGACGGUGACGUCCUAGGAAAUAUUCAAGGAUUAGUCAUAGAAUUCGAUUGAGCCUCGCUCUGAGGCUCGACUCCUUGACAAGAAAGACGACUCCUUCGUUUCGCGAUAUGUUAUUCAUGAUAUUUUCUCUUCUGGGUUUACUAGUGUGUACCCUCAAGACACAUUGUACCAAGAAGUGCGUAUUCUCACCAACUUGUGGCACAUUGACGAAGUGACAUUCUGCUAAGUAUUUUUCUUACUGUGUUUCUCUGUUAUACAUAGGACAACUAGAGUUAAAUCUGAAUGAGCUGGCAAAGCCUUGUCUUGACUCUGACCACUGUGGUAAUCCUAGCAAAGAUCCAGGGCUUAAUGGUAAAACCCUUGACUUGUUCACGGUAAAAAGUACAAAAGGUUGGUGGGCCUGUUUUAAGCCAGAUGCCGAAAACCCGGCUGAACCAACGGUAAGUGUCAUACACGCUCAAAGAUUUUUUUUACUUGGCCUUUCCGCCAAGGAACCCUUAAAUUCUAGAAGAUGGUGGGUGAAAAUUAAAUUUCUAGCUAAAAUAACACUGGAAAUGUAUACCAGCAUCUUAAAGAGUUUCUUUUUAGUUCGUUCCAUUCCAAACUUUCAUUUUACUAGGGUGGCGUCUCACUCGUGAAAAAUCAACUUAGGAAUAUGAUAUUUUUUCAAAUUGUUCAAUUCAAAAUCAAAUUGUUGUGCAAUUUCGUAAUUUGCGAAACAAUGACUCGUCGUUGUAUAACACGCUAGGAUCUCCUCUAUAUACAUUCAUCGUGCUCAAUAUUUCAGCUGUUAUAUUCUCUCUCAUUGUUAUCGCAGGGUAAAGUUGAGAUGACCAUUGAGUUACUCCAGGGAUGGGAGGCAGAAGCAAAGCCCGCGGGACAAGGACGAGAUGACCCCAAUAUGCACCCAGUUCUGCCAGAACCUGAGUAAGUGUAGAUAGUAAGCUGUGUUUACCACAAAGGUAGACGGCUCAUAAAGCAAUUUUCAAUUGUGUGUCAAGGGAAAUCCAACGAAAACUCGCGCCAUCUCUCUUCCAAUCAGAUGCAAAACUAGAGCCUUGAAUCAAUCUUAACAUAGUCACUCACACUCUCCCGCUCUUAAUGAAGGUAGUUUGCUGGUGUUUGCUUCCAGAUCUAAUUGGCUCCUCGUUGUGUUUUCUUGUUUCUGAUUGGCCGAUUACUUUGGUUUUGACUUUAAGAUUCUUAGUUGAAAUGCGCACUACAGCGUGCCUGUCUUUUUUCAGAGAGGUACUUGUUGAGAAAUAACUUACUUUACCUCUACUUAAUCCUUCUGUGAUUGGUAUUUGGGCUUGUAAAUCGUUAAUCGAUCAUGAUUCAUUUGUCACCAGCCGUCCUGCUACCUCGUUCCUGUGGUUCACAUCACCAUUCAAGACGCUGAAAUACAUCAUCUGGCGACGAUACAAAUGGCUAAUAAUUCUUCUCCUCAUCUUGCUCAUUGUUGGUUUGUUGAUUGGCAUCUUUAUAUACAGCAUGCCUGUAAGUUCACUGUCUUGUUUUUGAAAGCAUUACUAUAAUUUAUAAAACUACGCACUGUAGCUCAUGUAUGGCUGCAUGGAGUGUAACAUACCAUGAAAAAGGUAUUAUACACGAAAUAUAAAUGCAGUAUAGUUCAUGAAAGCCCUUACGGUGUACAUUGUACCUGCGAGUACACUGUUGUGUGUUCAGGACGUUUAACAAAUGAGACAAACUCUCAGAAAAGUUUGCAGAUGUUUACAUAAGUUAUAAAGAAAAGCCCUUUGUUUGAGAAUCUUAUGAUUUAACAUCGAAAGUAAUCAAGGAUUUCAUUGCCUUUGCUCCACUUCACGAAGUAAUGUUAUUGGUCUUCGCUCUUUGACCCUAAGAGAAACCAACAUCUAAUUUUUCCCCACAAUAUCACCCCUUAAUCACACAUUAAAAUAGCAAGAAUAAAGGAAAUUAUCGCCAACUAAACAAACGCUUGAUUAUAAUCAAAUUCACCCAGUCUGCACUUUAGGAAAUAUAUGGAGAAUAGUAUGGAGAAUUUGCAUACUGAUUUUAGGGUGUAAAGGGUUGUCUGACCUGUACCCCGCUACUACUCAUAUAUACGCGACACAGCAAAACCAAACGGGUUACUCACCCAAAAUUUCCUGCACUUAGGAGUAGUUGUUCUGAUCGGUUAUAAUAUGAAUUUGAUUUUGGUUUUGGUUUACGCCAUUUACAACAGCACAUCAAAAAGCCCUUUAACGGGAUUUGUAUACAUGUUAAACUUUUCAUUUUAUUAUCGUUUUAGGGUUACACCGUAAAGAAGAUAUUUGGUGCUUAAAGUUGGCAGAGGCGGCAACAGUACAAGAUCAGCGACUUUUGGGAAACUUCUGUUUCCUUUACCUGAAGACAAAUUUAUCCCAAAAUUUCCUUAAAAACAUUAAACAAACUCUAAAGCUGUUAGGUAAUUUCCUUAGAAUGCAAAUUGAUAAGGUCCAUUAAAUUUCAUAUUAGCUCAAGAAAAUGUUAUUCUGCUGGUUCUCCAUUAGAAAAUCUUCAAAUCUUCAAAUCUUCCACAAAGGACUGAAUUUUGAAGAAACUAUUCUUCCCACAAGGCAUAAUGAUAUCGAUCUCUGCGUA